AAUGGAAGGAGGUGAGAGAGGAAAGAUCGGAGGUGGCGUCAAGACCAAGCUGUUCAGACUCCAAGGUGAUAUAAAGGCGUACGUCGACUUCACCUGGUUCAACUUACCUGAAACAUCGAAUAGCUACGCUGUCCAGCACCACUGACAACAUCCGCCACUACCACACCACUUUCUACCAUCAUGGUGGUGUGGGCGGUGCUGUUUUUGACAACAGCAGUUUUGGCGGAGGCAGCGGUACCGGACCCACCGAAUUCCGGUAUCACGACCGUCGGCUCUUUGAAAUUAGCAACAGCCGCUGACUGCGCUGGUGUUGUCGCUUUUUCCGCUACUCAGGCUUCUGUCGAUCAUGCCAAAGUAAUUCUGUCUGAGACAUUGGUCGACAAAGGCGUGGGAUACGUCGCCCAAACAGGAACCUUCAUCACCCAUUGUCCAGGCCUGUACCAAUUCAGUUUCGCCGGAUAUGGUAGCACCGAUCUUCGACUUACAUUGAAAAGAAAAUUGAACGAUUCUGAUAGCUGGAGGUCGGUAGUCAGUGCUGGUCCAGGAGGUGGUGCCAAUUUGGUUUUAUUGAACGUCGAUGCUGGGGACCAAUUUGCCAUUUUCGUGGACUCUGGAAAAGUUACAGACAGUGUUACAUUUUCUGGCUAUCGAAUCGCCAAAAACUAAAGAAUCACGACAAUGAUUAUUCGUUCAGAGACCUUUGGAGCAAAUCAUUGAACAAAAUCAAUCAGAGUACAAUAAUAAUAUUGAACAUUUUUGAGGCUCAUUAUCAUCGAUCAGGAAUUUUGUUCAAACAGAACAUUUAUUUUCUCUAUGUCUGAUUGGUAAAACGUGUCAAUUCAAAUGAUUACCAUUGGAUCAAUUAGAGUUCCUGAUUUGAAAAAAUGAUCUACCAGAGCGGUUUCAAUCUUCUCCACGAACUUAAUGCUCUGUGAUAGCCAUCUUUCUAUGUUCAUUUCUCUUCCAUCGUUUUACAAUUUCAUUGAUUAAUGUGUUGUUAAUUAUUUUGAA